UAUAUAGGUAUGUUACAAACCGUGACGUCACGCCUCCUUAAUUGGUCGCUUGUUUACCGCGAGCAUAGCGACCUUAGGUCAAGGCCUAGGGUUUCCAAAAAUUUAUAAAUAAUACUUUUCCAACUGGAAAGCUAUGAUGCCAUGUCUUAACAUGCAGAUAAAAGGUCAAGGAAAGGUCGUGCAUCUGAAUUGUUUUCAUCCAUCUUGUAUUUACACAGUUAUUGACGUUCGAAAAUAAGACUCGAUUAAAGUCCACUUUUUUUUCAGAAGAUUGCUACAGUACUGUCUUGUAAUUCUUCUCAUCUGGAGAUCUGUUUCCUUUUCAAUAAUUUCUGACACUUUUUAAUGAUUAACAAUGCCACCAAAAAAGAAACGAAAGAUUGCACCGUCAAUGCCACCUACAGAAGGCCGUGUUGCAUUUGGAGAAAGAUAUAGCAAGAUUCCUGAUGAUGCCAAAGAUUUGCUAAAUGGUCAUCUUGUGUUAAAAUUCAUGGAGUUAAAAUCUGUUGGUUCAACUCUAAAGUAUUUUGCUGAUCACAUGGGCUUAAAAAUUGCUUAUCAUAAAGUCCAAAGCCUUGUAAACAGAACAGUCAAGAAAUACAAACAUUUUAACAGAGAAUUUGAAGUCACAAAAUUAUUGGCAAUAUGUGAUGAGAAAUUUUCAGAUUUUGGAAAUCAAACUUCAACAGAGCUGCCAUCCAGUUCAUCAGUAUUGGAGCCAGCACCCCUAGAUCCGGAAACAUCGUCAGCUGAAACAGAGGCACUUAUAGAGGUGCAAUCGAGUUCAUCAGUAUUGCAGCCAACACCCCUAGAUCCGGAAAUACCACCAGCUGGAACAGAAACACUUACAGAGGUGCCAUCUAGUCUAUCACUGCUGCAGCCAACACCUGUAGAUCCCUUAACAGUUGCAGUGAGGUCGCUACAAAGAAAACGUAUACUAACACCUUUUAAGAAGAGACUUCUGCAACAGAAUGUCACUUGGAGAGAAAGGUAUCGCUGCCUUCAAAAGAAGUAUGCAGAAAUGAGGAGAAGAAAUACAAAAACAAGAAAAUCUGCUGUACAAAUUAAAAAUAAGUACUUAAAGCAAGAACUAAAUCGAAUGAAAGACAGACUGUUGAAGGAGAAAAGGAAAGUUGACUUGAUUAGCAACACAAAAGAAAGAUCUGCUGCAAAGAGGAAGAUUAAGCGGUUGGAAAAGAAGAAAAUGGUGAGUGUGGUGCAGUAUGACAAAAUAUUAAAGGAAAAUAAAGAGCUCAAAAAAAAGUUAAAGGAGAAAGAUGAAGCAUUGCUGCUCCGAGAAAACAAAUGUUUAGAGUUGGAGGAGGCUUUAAAAGAUGCUGUUAAAGAACAGGAAAAAAUGUGGAAUUGCAAGAGAGACGGCACAACUUUCAGUAACGAAACGCGAGAGUUAGUUUACAAUAUGCUGAAUUUAGGUGUGCCAACUCAACAUAUAGAAGAACUGAUUGUAAAAUCUGGUUCAACAUUUGGAUACAAUGUAGUAAACCAACCCAAGCGAAGCUCUGCUGAGAAUAUGGCACGAGAAUUGGGAGCAAUUUCUGAUUUUCAAUGCGCACAAUUCAUGCUUGCAUCAGCUAAUUUAACUCUUGGAUUUGAUGCGACUACUCAAGAGGGCACUCACGUGAAUGGCGUAUACAUCAGUUCCAAUGUAGAAAGUAUGGUAAUUGCCCUGGAUGAGUUGCCUGGUGGAACUCAUAUCGAUUAUGAAAGCCACAUAAAGGAAACAAUAAACAACUUGGCGCAUGUUUAUAGCAUGGUAAAGAAUGAAAAUGUUGAGACAGUGCAUAGGAAUUUGGUUGACUCAAUCAGCAACACCCUGACAGAUAGAGCAACGGUCAACCAUGCAACUAUAAUGUUGUUAGAAAAAACAUGGAAGAAAAAUUUUCAAGAAUUAAAUUGCCACUUACAUCCAUUGGAAACAAUAGCGAAAAGUUGCGGGGAUGCUCUUUCAGCUGUUGAAAGAGAAAGGGAAAUACAAGAAAAAACCUUGUUUGGUAGCGGCUGCAUUGGGCAGCGUAUUGUUUUCAACGUUAAUAAACUGAGAUAUAAAGAUGGGAAAGGUGAUCCCCGGCAGUUCAAAACAGAACUAGUAAAGGCUGGCCUCAAGAAAGGUUUUAUACCUAGAUACCGGGGCAAUCGCCUACACAUAUUGUUUCACAUUGCUGGCCAGAUAUUCAUGAAGGACAAUUUUUUUACCAACCUUUUUGUUUCUGGUUUAUCUAGCGUUAAAUUGUCUUCAGCUUUGUCUGUUGUGUUUAAAACAAAACAUGCAAAAAUAGAACUGCAGGUGCUAGGUUUGAUCGGAAGGAUCAUCUCCUCACCCUGGAUGGGAAAAUUUUAUGUGAGUGCAGUUGAACAGCUUAAUCAUCUAGAUGCAUUCGACAUAAUCAGACAUGCAAUGGAUAAGAUCAACAAAUUUGCAAGGGACCCAUAUUCUACCCUAACAACUAAGGUAAACUGCUUUGGGGAAGAGCUUGUUGAUGCGAGCAAAAUGCAAGUGCAACCAGUUGAUCGUGAUUUGUUCCUUGUAAUGAUGAAGCAGUGUUUGGAGGCUACAAGCAAAGUUCUUCAUCGCCAAUUUUCAAAAUAUUUUGAAAUAGAUAUUACGGAAGAGUUGAAGGAGCAGACAGCAUCUGCUAGAUUGCACAACAUAGAGGCUGAACAGAUGAUGGGGAUGUUCUCAGCAAGAAAAACAAUGAAACCAAAUGCCACAAUUGACUACAUUGCAUGUGGAAUCAAGGCGCGAAAAAACAAAACGACAUCUUUUCUGCAUACCCUGGAUAAUGCAACAAAACAACGUCUAAUGAAUACAGCUAUUUCCAUUGGUAGGUUGCAACGCAAAGUAAGAAAGAGAACGACGAAAGAAGUAGAGGCAGAAAUUCGCAAAAGGAUUGAGGAUAAGGGUCAGCAAAGAAAUGAUGCUGCGAGAAAGAAGAUGGAAAAAGAACUGAAAGCAAAAGGACUUGAUAAGUUAUUGAAAGAAAAAGAGGAGUGGAAAGGAUUUGAAGACCAACUUCAAGUCAUAAUGUCCGGAAAACUAUCGGGCUACCUCCAGCACAUCUGGUACGAUUCAGAGACCCGGAAGUUGGAAGUUUACUGUGGCGCAGUGAAAAAAUUUCUCAAAGGAAAGUCUGUAUAUAGAAUAGAGUAUUGGGGAACUGACGAAUCGUACGAGGAUGAUGCGGAAAGCUAUGAUAUCCCAAUGUACUCUCUAGCCAUUGACUUGACAGUUGGUGAUCUGGUCCUGCAAUGAAUUAAAAAAGAAAUAUUGUGAUGCAUUAAUUGUAAAUAUAGAAUGAUGAAAGUGAUGUAAAGUGGGAGGGGGUGGGGAAGGGUUUUGCCUGUAUGUGUAAAUAUAUAUACUGAAAUUUAUUAUGAAAUUAGAUCUUGUUUGUUGGGGUAUAUGGUAUAAUACCUUAGUGUAUAUAUUUUUUAUUUAAUUACUUUCUGAUGUGUACGGUAUUUAAACAUACUAUAUAUGCCUUAGUGGUUGGGGAAGGGAUGGGGUGUGGUGUGGGUAGUAACUUUUAUUUGUAUGUGAUGUAUAUAUAUUUUAUAUAAAUAUAUAUGAAAUUUAAAUAUUUUUUUAUGGAUGGGGUAGGGUAUAUUGUGUAUUAACUCAUUACUGUAUAUGUUAUUUAAUUACUAUAAGUAUAUUAUUUGUACAGUUCCGUUAUACAUGGUAGGUGUUGGAAGGUUAUUGGGAGGGUAAGGUGUAGUUGGAGAUAUAAUUCUAUAUCUUAAAUAAGGGGAUGUCGGGAUCUGAGAGGAUGGGGGAUUAAAAAGAAGAUUAGAGACGGUAAUGUAUCAUAACAAUUCAUUACUGUAUACAGGGUAUUUUGUUUGUUUAAUCACUUCAUAAUGUGUGCAGUUAUAGUAUAUAUGCUGGGUGGGGAAAGAUGGUGGGGAAGGGAGAUGGUAGUGGUAAAAGAAGGUACAGGGGUAGUUCGAU